GUGCCAGAACCUAUUCAAGCCAACACAAUAACGAGACCAAAGUGUGACGGCUUUUUUAUUGCUUGCUGAGGAGAGUGAUCCCACACAAUACAGCAAAUUGAAUGAGGUAUGUUUCUGUUCUAUCUGACAUCUCUUGCAAUCGUGACAUCAUUGGCGGCUGACACUUGUCCUGAGACGUGUUUGUGUCGUGGAGACACAUUAACAUGUUCUCCUGACACAAAUGAAGGAGUUAAACUUGAAAGAAUUCCCACUGAUCUUCAAAAGUACAACUUGUUGCACAUCAGAAAUGUGAAGUUGGAACACAAUGACAUCCAGCAAGUCGAACCUGGUGAUUUCUCAGGUCUAUCUCAAGCCCAACACCUAUAUUUAGAGCAUAACCGAGUGAGGGCGCUAAUACGAGAUGGUUUCAACGGACUGGACGGUGCAAUUACAAUCAAACUGUCACAUAAUCUCAUUCGAUAUAUUGAUCGUUUUGCUUUUGAUGGAUUAUACAACAUUCGCAAAAUCGAUUUAUCUCACAAUGAGAUAGCGUUUAUAGAAGAUGCACCUUUUCAGACAGCACAUGGUCUAAGGAGCAUACUCUUGCUAGAUCUUUCUUUUAAUCAAAUAAAAAAAGUUGACGAUGUGAUGUUUCUUGGACUGGAAUCGUUGCAAGAAUUAUAUUUGAACCACAACCUGAUCAGUAAGGUCGGUAUUGCUGCCUUUAUGCCGCUUCGGAGUCUAAGAAUGUUAUACUUGGCUGGUAACCCGAUAAAGUGCAGCUGUAGUUGGUUUGAAGUGUGGGACGUUUUGCAAUCACGUGACAUCGAAAUUAUGGAUACCAGCGACGCCGUAAACUGUAACUUCAAAGAUGCAACAAAUUGCAGAUCUUUAUCACUGAGCCGGAACGUCUCACAAGAAAGUCCAGAAAUCGGAACCGGCACAUUCGAACCGGAUCAGGAACAAGUAGUCACCACCAAACUGACCAUAGAUGACCUCCGACCUCCAGAUACGGACGAGUCCGGUUACAUUAUAUCCGGAGCAGACUCCUACCCAAUACGGAGUCCGGAGGGCGAGAGGGUACUGAGUGAAUACGACGUUCUGAUGCGGCAGCGUAUUGAGGCGAUACACGACGAGGGAAAGAAGAAACUCUACUCUCUCGUCUUCCACGAACGAAUGAGAAACUUUAUUACUGCAUUACAAGGAGGAAAAGGCUCAGUGUCAACCGUAAAGGCCACCACUACACCCGGAAACGAAUUAGACACAGACUAUGGAGAAGCUGUAUUCGAUGGGUACGAAAAAGACACGAGAAAUACUGUUUUUGAUGGAUACGAGAAGAACACGGGAAAAGCUGUAUUCGAUGGUUAUGAAACAGACACCAGAAUUGUGACACCAACAACGAAUACGUUUAAAAUAGGCGAACCAUUCAAAAUAAUGAUACCUCAGCUCGAACGUGUCCUAGAGCAACUUUUCCCGCCUAGUCUGUCCAAUUUCUCCGAAGUUGCUCGAGUGGACCUCGGUGAACCGAAGUCACCCGAGCGAUCCCGACUCAUCAAUCGGCUUGUUACGGGCGAUAUACAUGUAGAUGCUCUUCUUCGGAGAGAAAGCGAGCUCGCGAUGAAGAUGCUAGUAAACGUCAGUGAGUUGAUAAAUGCAACGACCCCCGAGUCUACAACAAUGGCGACAACCAACCUCACGUUGAUGACGAAAAGACCGUUGACAGACGCCCUCAAACAGCCGCAGAUACUUAUUCCUGCUGUGAUUGGUCUCCUCGUGUUUGUCUGCUUUGCGUCUCUAGCAAUCUCCAUGUUUUCAGGUCUCUGUCGUGCUCCAAAUGAAAAAUCCGGCGGUUUCGACCCAUCGAAAUGUUGCUCAUGCAAGUGGGUUGCCACUAUCAACGAGAAACUGAUGGUAAGGAAACUACACAUGGAACGACAAAGCAAAAAGACUACGGCAGCCAAGAGCGAGUUCCUUAAGUUGCACUGUCAAGCUAGAAAAUCUAUAAUCAGAUUGUCCCCAAGCACCUCACCAUCGGCGGACCCAUCUCUCCAUCAGCAGCCAGGAACAGGAGUCCGUGGUGUUGUCUCGAUCACACCCCUUGUUCUCACUGACGACUUCCCGAAAAGAUCGAAAACGUCACCCGGCAACGAACUCGACUCUGAAACAUAUAGUUCAUCCUCAUCACCAGACAUGAACAAAGACAUUAAGAACUGUCUCUCGCCUGAUGGAAAAGAGACAACUGGAGCUUUCACAUGUCGAAACCAUUCACCAGGGGAUGAAAUCACUCUCUUUGAGGUUCCACUGAGCAGAAGUACCAGUAAUCCCUUGAAAAAGAGAUUGGAAGAGCCCGGGUUAUCUGUGCGGCACGCACGUGACUCAACAAGUCCUCCUUGUAUCACUUCCGCUGUAGACGCAAUUUGCCAUAACAAAGAACCGAUAUCCACCCCUAUGAGACAUGCGGCGAGUAUGGAGAAAUCAUCUUCGGAACUUCGCUGGUAUGCAAGAGAAUGCCUCUCUAGCCAACGAAUGAUGGUGCAGGGCAGAACACCGUCUAUGACGUCAUCUGAUGACGUCAUAGGUGAUGCAGAUAUCAAGAAAGGAGAGAAUGGAAACUGAAAAAAAACAUACGU